GGAGCACAGGAGGAAAAACCGACCGGAGAGCGACAACACACAGACCGACUCUUUUUUUUCAUGCAGUUCCCGGACGUCCAGAGGACCGUGUGAAGUUACCUUUCAUUUUCUAAACAGUUGAAGAAAGUCGGUCACAGAGAGCUGACAGAGUCCGAUGGUGUUCGAGGAAGAUUUCCCGAUGAUUGAAGUGUCGAUACCAUCGAUGGAGAGGGAAGUGGACGAGUCGGGAAAGUCCAAAAAGCUCUUCAGAGUUGAAGUCUUGUUUAAUGAGAGGAAACAUUAUGUUCUCAGAAGAAACAGCGAAUUCCAGACUUUGCACAGAAAACUCAGGAAGAUCAUUCAGACCCCUGAUUUCCCGAGCAAAAGGAGCCCACACCUAAGGACCAAACCUCUGGAGCAGAGGAGACACGAGCUGGAAGAUUACAUCCAGGAGAUCAUCUAUCAAAAUGAAGACGUGCCGCAGGUGCUGCUGGACUUCCUCCACGUCAAACACUUUCACACGGGGAACAAGAUCAGCAGCGUGGAAUCACUUGAGGAACUGGACAGUCAGGAUUACAGUUAUUCGUUACCAAAUCAGCGAGUGUUGGGUUUUUUUCAGGAUCCUUAUCUCUCCGACUGCACGUCAGGUCUUCCAGACAUUGUCGCGGACGGGGUUCUUCAGGGUUUUUACCCCCGAGAUGUCCGGGUCAGCUUCACGGCCCCCACUCUCACUGAGCCUGACUCCACCAAUGCUAUAGAGGCCUGAGAUUACAGUUACAUUACAGUGAAGUAUAUGUGUCAAAGUAGAAUAUACAGUACACACAAUAACAGCAAGAGAGAUAAGUGGAAAAAGCCAUAAGCAUGCAGACAGCAUGACAGAGGAAAACAGCUUUUAUAUGGUUGGCCCCAGUGGGACUGAAACCCAUCACCCAGCCUUUGUUGUUGUGAUGCUCUGCCCAUUGUGUGUACAACAAUAUCAGUAUGAAGGUGGUAUCACUAUAAGAGGAACAAAAACUUGGAAAUCUUAUAUUUGAAGUAGUUGGACUCACUCUGUAUGUGUGUCACUGUUUUUUAGCCAUGAAGACGACACAAACCGAUUUUAAUCAAGUUUUGACAUUAUUGUGUAGCCUUAAGCAAACAUGAACUGAGUGAAAUUCAUACUUAUAGUCUCUUAUUUAUUUUAGUGACACUGUAGAUAAAUGGAUAUGGAUUUAAUUUUAAAAGGAAGAUGCAGAGUUUAGGAAAUGACUUGAAAUUUAAGAGGUAGACACUGUUUACUUUUUUUUUUAAUUGUUUACACUUUUUGUUUGUAGACUAACAAACAGGGUGUGGGGACAACAACAUCAGAAGUUGCAUUGAGUAAGGACAUACAGUUUAGACAGGUCAAACACAACCAGCCUUAUAAACAUGUAACCAUACAUUUUUGGAGUUGGCUUGUACUGUGUGUACUCUUUUUUUUUUUUUCUAGAAUUUUAUUUAUGUUUAAAUUGUAAUAAAGAAUUGAAGACCA